ACGCGGGUGAUUUAUGUAACUUAAUACAUUUUAUUUCCCAUAUUUCAUUUAGAAGGUCGGCCUAUGCAAAUAUCACCAACGCAUCUAGUUUCAUACAAUAUACAAAUUAGAUCACUUGACAUUUUCGCCAGGCUCGUGACGGUCAUAUGACAAACGCGCGUAAAACGAUCACGUGCGUUCUCCCACGAGAAGCGGAUCCUCAAAUUCAGCGCGCGGCGCCGGGGCUCGCGGUCACCGUGCGCCAUGCCGUCACCAAUCCCCGUCACGCGGCUGCUGCCGAAGGCUUUCGGGCUGGAGUUUGGCGCGUGCAGCAGCCCGAUAUCCAAAACGGCGAGCGGGUCCACGCUGCGUGUGCCCGCAAACGCGCUUCACGGCAAGAUCGCGCACAGGCUCUGGUCGUCUGUGAUCCACUGGCGAGACCUGCGGGCUCUGGUGCCCAUCGGCAGCGGGGGGUUCGGCACGGUGUUCAAAGGCACGUACUUCGACGAGACCGUCGCCGUGAAGAAGGUGAGAUGCGUGAAAAACAAACUGGCCUCGAGGCAGAGUUUCUGGGCGGAACUCAACGCCGCGCACCUGCGGCAUCAAAACAUCGUGCGCGUGAUCGCCGCCACCACGUGCACCCCCGCGCACCUCAGCGCCGGGGGCGACAUCGGGACGAUUGUGAUGGAGUUCGCCGGUGCCCUGAACCUGCAGCAGGUCAUCUACGGGCUCUCGGAGCCCUUGCUCAUGGACAAGUGCGUGGGCUACUCGACGGACGUCGCGCGCGCGCUCCAGCACCUGCACGCGCACGGCGUAGUCCACUUGGAUUUAAAGCCCGCCAACGUGUUGGUGUCCGAGCAGGGCGUUUGCAAGCUGGCGGACUUCGGGUGCUCUUUCAAGCUGUCGAGUCGAAGCGACGCCGUGACGCGCCUGAGUGAAAUCGGUGGCACGUUCACGCACCGCGCGCCCGAGCUGCUGAAGGGAGAGGGGGUUUCUCCGCGCGCAGACGUUUAUUCGUUCGGGAUCACGAUGUGGCAGCUCCUCACCCGAGAGCCGCCGUACGACGGGGACAGACAGCACAUCCUGUACGCCGUCGUGGCCUAUAAUCUGCGGCCUUCCCUCACUAGGGACGUUUUUACGCAGUCUCCUCUUGGACAGAAGUGUGAAAAACUGAUCAGUCUGUGCUGGGACGGCGACCCCAGCAUGCGACCCACCGCGGACCAGCUUCUUCACGAACUUUCCGUUUUAUUAUGAGUUUGCGGCACGUGGACCCUCCGGAAAACAUCUGCUCUUUGAAAUGUUUAUUUUAUUGUUUUGUAACCUUUUUUUAUUGUGAAGCUAAAUUAUUUUAAAUGUCAGAAGAUCUUUAAUUAAAUGGGGUUUUUUUUCUGUUUAAA